AAGACCAAAAAUACAGGGUUUGAAGUCGGAGAUGUUUCCCAGCCAGGCAAAGCCCAACACAAAUCGUUCAAUUUUUUAAAAUAUUCAGGGAAAACCUUGAAGGGGAAAAAAAAAAGAAAAACAAGAAAAAGAAAAAGAAAUCAAAUAAGUAGGAGGAGCAGGGGAGUGUGGAGUCCGAGAGGGGGGGGGGUGGUACAAUGCAAGAAUGGCUCAGUACAGACAGUCAGGGAUGGAGAGGUUGGGAUUACGUGGCAGCAACGGCGGGGAAGGACCAGAUCACGUCGCUAUCGGGAUCCGAACGGGUCUACAUAAACCGGGUCGGACUCGCCGAUCGGGUCGAUCCCCACCUAGAAUCUCUACUUGUGCUUUAGUUCUCGUUCUCUCCUUGGUUCUCCUUUUUACUGUUGCCGCCUACUUUUACCUCUCCCUCAGCACCACCACACCCACAGGUGCGGAAAUAAAUAGUAAUCGUGCUCAGGAAGAUGAUUCGAGGAAUGAUUCUGACUUUCUCACAAAUGUGACACGCACUGAGACUUCUAAAGUGCUUAAGUUUGGGAAGGGUUCGGUAACGCAUGGCCGGGAUUCUAGGUAUUGGGAUAAAGAUGAUAGGAGAAGGGAUGAAGACUAUAAUGAGGAUGUGGUGGAGCAUGGUGGCGCAGGUGUUGAUGAUGGAUCUACUCGUGCGACUCAGGUUAAGAACAGUAAGAACAAGUCCGAGAAUGAUGACUUUCUUAAAAGUUCCAAUAAGAAAGCUGGAUUGUACAAUGAAGCUGGGCGCAACGAGUUGAAAAUUUAUGAAGCAGAGUAUGAGGCAUCUUUGAAGAACAAUCGACAGUCUAAUGAUGUAUAUUUGGAAACGCGAAAUGACGUUAUUGAUGCUGAUGAUGAGUAUGAUGAUGGGAUUGAUUCUCAUGAAACUCAUAUGGAAGAAUAUGAUGAUACUAGACAUCAAAAUGGUGACCAUUUUAGUGAAGAAAAAUUACAUGAUGAAGGUGGUAGAGAGUCCAUUGAUCUUCCUGAUGCUGGAAUCAAUUAUGAAAAUGUCUCCAAGAAGGUUGAUAAAGUCUCCACCAAUUCAUUUAAUGAGCACUCUGCCCAGUACUCUCGGAACCUUGAUGAAGUUAACACAAAUUCUAGGCAUGUUGGUGUAAUUUCCGGUCAUUCUUCAAGAAAAUCGCACUCAGAAUCAAAAAGGAAAGCAAAGCGCCACAAAUCUUCUGGUUCCUCUUGUGAGAUGAAGUUCUUAAACUCCACUGCACAGCUUAUAGAGCCUUUAGAAAGUAGAAAAUUUGCUAGAUUUUCCCUGGAGUAUACUGAAAUAGAAGACAAGCCCGAAGGAGAAGAGCAAUGGGAACCUAGAUUUGCAGGACAUCAGACUUUGCAAGAACGGGAAAAUUCUUUUUUGGCACGUGAUCAAAAAAUUAACUGUGGCUUUGUUAAAGGUCCUAAAGGAUCUCCAAGCACUGGAUUUGACUUGUCAGAGGAUGAUGCAAAUUAUAUCAGCAGAUGCCACAUUGCUGUUAUCUCUUGUAUCUUUGGAAAUUCAGAUCGCUUGAGAACACCUUACGGUAAAAUGGUCUCUCGUUUGUCAAGGAAGAAUGUUUGCUUUGUUAUGUUCAUCGACGAGAUUACGUUGCGUACCCUUUCUUCAGAAGGGCACACACUAGAUAGCAUUGGUUUUAUUGGUUUGUGGAAGAUUGUUGUGGUGAAGAACCUACCAUAUACUGAUAUGCGGAGAGUGGGAAAGAUACCAAAGCUUUUGCCUCAUAGGCUUUUUCCUUCUGCAAGGUAUUCAAUCUGGUUGGACAGCAAGUUGCGUCUUCAACUUGACCCCUUACUCAUAUUGGAAUAUUUUUUGUGGCGAAAAGGUCAUGAGUAUGCAAUUUCGAAUCACUAUGAUCGACACUGUGUAUGGGAAGAGGUUGCCCAGAAUAAAAAAUUGAACAAGUAUAACCAUACCAUCAUAGAUCAACAAUUUGCAUUUUACCAGGACGAUGGUCUCACAAGAUUCAACGCAUUGGAUCCGAACAAGCUUCUCCCCAGCAAUGUGCCAGAAGGUUCUUUUAUCAUCCGGGCACACACUCCAAUGUCAAAUUUGUUUUCCUGUCUUUGGUUCAAUGAGGUUGAGCGGUUUACUCCUCGGGAUCAGCUAAGUUUUGCCUAUACAUACCAGAAAUUAAGAAGGAUGAAUCCUGAAAAACCUUUUCGUCUUCAUAUGUUCAAGGAUUGUGAGAGAAGAGCCAUAGCUAAGUUGUUUCGCCACAGGUCACAAGAGAAGUCGAGUACUCGGCAAAGAGCUACCGAGUAGAUUGUCUUCAAGAUCUGCAUUUGCUGAAAUCUAUUCUAUGGCGUUGUUUGGUCAGUGUAGCAGAUUGCUGACCUUCUAUGUGCCACACAUGGAGAUUUUGUAGUCUCAAGUUUGUUGUAUGGGUUGAAGUAACCAUCGCUGCAGUUGCUUCUACCAAUGAGACCUACCUCUUUAGAGAAGAACCCUGACUCUGUUGUAUUCAUCCCAUUUUUUCAUUCAUUGCCCUUCAGGAUGCAAGUGAAGUAGCCAAUACCAUAGGACAACUACCACUAUAUCCAAAUCAUAGUUCUAUGUUGCUUUUUGUUCCAAUUUGAAACUUUUUCCCUUUUCUCUUACACAGGAUAUGGAUAUUGUGGCUAUGUUGUUUUUGUAAUGAGUCAGUUUAGCACCGGACAAAGGGGAAAAAACAUGUACUAUAUAAAAAUUCAGUAAUUGGUACUAUACACAAUCUUAGCUAAUACAAUAUGAUCAUUAAUUUCUCUA